AUGAGGGCCUGCUUAGUUUUCAUUUGUUUACUGGCAGCAACACUUGCCCUGUCUGUUAAGAGUAAACCUCAUGGAAAACACCAUGGGUUGCAUAAGACUUCACACAAAGCCAAAGAAAAGGAUACUAUCACAGAGGAGGCCAACAAACCACAGGUCUUACCCACUUUAUUCACGUUUGAGGCCAGCAGCCAAGAGCAGGAAGAUGAGGAGCUGAGCUCCGAGGGCAAUGCAAACACCAAUAAAGAGGAUGGAGAGUCUGAGGUGACUGAAAGGAGAGAUAAAAGCACUCCAGCCCUGCUGAGUGAGGAGGAGCUGGUAGACCUCCUGAAAAAAGACGCAGAAGAGGAAGAAGUGGAAGAAAGCAAGCUGGAGGAAGAAGAGGUGGAGGCAGACAAAGGCAAGGUGGAGUCUGGUGAAGCUCUGGAGGUCACUGAGGAUGAAGAAGGUGACAGGGAGGAGAAGAAGUUGGAAGACACCUUGAAAAUAGAGCAAGAUAGUGAAGAAGUGACAGAUGAGGGGGAAGUGAAGGAGGAUAGUGUGGAAGAUGAAAUAGGGGAGGAGGUGGAGAAGAUGUCCCAUGAGGACAAGAGGGAAGAGUCUGUUGGCAAAAUGGUCGACAGAGAAGAGCAAAUGGCACUACUAGAGGAAACAGAUGGCAGCACAGAGUCAGAUAUCCCAGUCGACCUUGACUAUGCUGCUGAUAGUGGCAUCUUACAACCUCUGCAGAUGAUAUCAGCUAAGCUUAAACCCCACACUGAUGACACCAAGCCUCUUUCAAAAACAGAUGUUCCAUAUGUCCCGGAGAAAGAGGUCAGUGAGAAAGAACUGCCCAGCAUAGAUGAGGACUAUGAACAAGACAUGCAAAACACUGAGGCAGCGGACAGCGAGGAGUUGUCUGAUCAGGAUAACCUGCAAGAGGGCAAAAAUGACAAAGACUCCCAAGCUAAAUCUAAAGAAAUGAAUCAGGAUGUGGAGACUCAAGAACCAAAGAUCACCAAAGAGCUUGAAUCAGUGGCUGGAAAGCAGGAAGAGAAAAACAAGAAUGACAGUGGAAGUCACACCAAGGGAAAGACAAGGAAACAGAAGAAGAACCAGAGGGCGAGGAAGCACUCUCCACAUAGAGAGGAAACACAGUCUGGACAAGAACUGAGCCAACAGGAUCCUCAGGAGUCUGCGAGCAGCAGCAUUGACAACACAGUUCACAAGGCAAAGAGGAGAAGGGCAGGAAAAUGGGGUCCUUUGGUAGGAAUGAAUCCAGUGCAGAUAAGAGCCUCGGUGGAUCUCUACCCGAGUUCCAGGCCAUCUCUCGGUGGAAGCGUACAUCACCCAGACGCCCCUGCCGAUCCGUGUAACAAUUUCCGCUGCAAACGUGGAAAGACGUGUAAACUUGAUGCAGAUAAUAAGCCAGGCUGUGUGUGUCAAGAACCGUCACAAUGUCCUCCCAGUGUGAAUGAGUUUGAUCAUGUUUGUGGGACAGACAACAAAACAUAUGAUACGUCAUGCGAGCUCUUCGCAACUAAAUGCAACCUGGAGGGCACCAAGAGAGGGCACAGACUUCAUCUGGACUACACUGGGCCAUGCAAAUUAAUACCUCCAUGUGUGGACACUGAGCUGGUCCAGUUCCCUCUACGAAUGAGGGAUUGGCUGAAAAAUGUGCUGCUGCAGCUCUAUGACCAUGACUCCAUGUCCCCUGGCUUCCUCACCCCUAAACAGCGUUUUAGAGUAAGGAAAAUCUUCGAGAGUGAACGGCGUCUUCAUGCUGGUGACCACUCUGUCGAGCUUCUCGCACAGGACUUUGAGAAGAACUACAACAUGUACAUCUACCCAGUGCACUGGCAGUUUGCUCAACUGGACCAACACCCUUCUGACAGAUUCUUGUCCCACUCAGAGCUGGCCCCACUCAGGGUCCCUCUGGUGCCGAUGGAGCACUGCACCUCCCGCUUCUUCCAGGAGUGUGAUGCUGACAAGGACAAGCAGGUGUCCUUCAAAGAGUGGACCUCCUGUUUUGGUAUCAAGAAUGAGGAUAUGGAUGUCAACCUGCUUUUCUGA